GGAACGGGCUGUGCUGCCCGCGAGCUGGUGAGAGAGCGCUGCUGCAACAAAAACACUUAUCUUCGCUCGCGUUCUCGGCACUUUACUUUAAACGCCUUUCGUUGGCGAUUCGUUCACAUUUUGGAGUCGAAGGCAGGUCAUUUCUCGGAAGGUUUUUUUUUCUCUUCGUACAGAACUGAGAAAAGAAGAGGAGAAGGAAGGCAGCAGUAGCUUGUUGUGUUUGACUUGAGUCAUUCAUUGAGGAGGCGAGUUCAGUUGGCUGCAAACUGAAGACCUAGAACCACUUUUUCUGGCACAAGAACGGGACACUUGGGUUUCUCAAGCAGAGGACCACACUGUGUUAGUGAAGAUUAUUAUAUGUCCAGGAGAGAGCAGCUGGCUAGCUAGCUUGUUAGUUCCGCCAGAGUCUAACAGUGCUAGCUAGCUAGCUAACGGGGGCAGCUCGUAACUGUCAGGAACUGAGGCUGAACACUUCAUAUAUUUUAAUUUUCGCAGCAUAAUAAUCACUGCUAGUGUAGUGUGAACAACGGCUUCGACUUUCCUACAGUGCUGAGUGGUGACAUGGAGUCGACGAAAGGAGGUGUAAUAGCGUAUAUUAGCUCCUCAAGCUCCGCCUCGAGCCCAGAGUCCUGUCACAGUGACAGCUCCAACAGCAGCUACCACUCCACGUCACCACCUCACACUUCCUCCUCAAGCUGGAGGCAAGUCUCUCUGCCGGACUCCAGCCCUGGCCAUGCCCACCAGAGAGCACAUGGUGCCCCCAAAAUGGGGCGUUCUGCCUCUGUUGCCAAGUGCGGCAUUACAAAAAUCAAUGGCCUAGUGCUGCUCUGUAAGGUGUGUGGUGAUGUGGCAUCAGGAUUCCACUACGGGGUUCACGCCUGCGAGGGCUGCAAGGGUUUCUUCAGGAGAAGCAUCCAGCAGAACAUCCAGUACAAGAAGUGCCUUAAAAAUGAGACCUGCCCCAUCAUGCGGAUCAACAGGAACCGCUGCCAGCAGUGCCGCUUUAAGAAGUGUCUGCUGGUUGGCAUGUCCAGAGAUGCGGUUCGUUUUGGCCGCAUUCCAAAACGAGAAAAACAGAGGAUGCUACUGGAGAUGCAGAGUGCAAUGAACAACAUGAUGAACAACAACCAGAUGCAUGGGCAGCUCCAGGGCACCCAGACAGCAUCAGUCAGCGCCCAGAGCUUGCCAGGUCCAGAGACCACCCCUGAGCACUUCAGCCCCUCGCCUUCCUCCAGCUCGCCCGCCUCUUCGCCUAGGCCCAGCCCGCAGGAGUCUAGCUCAGAACCUGAGCCUCAGGUUGCCAUGGACACCUCACUCAGCUCAGCCUCCUCCAGCGCAUCCGACAGUGGGGAGGAGGAGGUCAUCAGCUCAGUGACUAGGGCACACCAGGAGACCUUCAUGUACAACCAGGAGCAGUCCAGCCUGUCACCACAGUCCCCCGCUUCCUCGGACGUUGGCAAACCCAUGAGUGCCAGUGGAACCGGCAAUGCGGAGGAGCAGCCUGGUGCCCAGGACCUCAACCACACCAGCAUUACUGGCAGCCACCUUGCCCCUGGUGCCAACCCACUGGGCUCCAAUAGGGGCUUUGCCUUGUUUAAUUACUGUCCAGUAGGGCAUUCUAGCAGUGCCCCCACAGGCCAGUGCCCUGCCUAUGGCCAUGGCUUACCCACCAAAACAGAGAAUCACAAUAAAGCUCUGACUGAUGGUUUCACUGGGGGCAGCAGGAUGCACCUGGUGUGCCCCAUGAGCAUGUCGCCUUACGUGGACCCGCGUAAAUCCGGCCACAACAUCUGGCUGGAGUUCUCCAUGAGUUUUACUCCAGCUGUGCGGGAGGUGGUGGAGUUUGCUAAGCGCAUUCCGGGUUUCCGGGACCUCUCUCAGCAUGACCAAGUUAGCCUGCUGAAAGCGGGCACAUUUGAGGUGUUGGUGGUGCGCUUUGCAUCACUGUUUGACGCGAAGGAGCGCACUGUGACCUUCCUCAGUGGUCGGAAAUAUAGUGUAGAGGAGCUGCGUUCCAUGGGUGCUGGAGACCUGCUCAACUCCAUGUUUGAUUUCAGCCACAAGCUGAAUGCCCUGAACUUGAAUGAGGAAGAGAUGAGUCUGUUUACAGCUGUUGUCCUAGUCUCCGCCGACCGCUCCGGGAUUGAGAAUGUGAACUCGGUGGAGGCUCUGCAAGAGACCCUGAUUCGCGCACUGCGAAGCCUCAUCCUGAAGAACCACCCAAAUGAGGCAGCCACCUUCACCAAGCUACUUCUCAAGCUCCCCGACCUGCGUUCCCUCAACAACAUGCACUCUGAGCAGCUUCUGGCCUUCAAAGUCCACCCCUGAGACCACUACAGGAUUUGGCCCUGGGGCCCAGGGUCUUGGACCACACAUUUCCCUUCACAGUCAGCUCUGUUGUAUACUUGACUGUGGAGAAUGUUCUUUUUAAUGUGGACAUGUGCUUUCCUCAAUAAUUUGGGUUUAUGAGUAUAUUAGAAUGGAACUGAGGAGGGCAGGAAAAGGAGGAAAAAAAAAAAAAUCAUUGUACUGUAAGGCUCUAUGCCUGUUUGUAGAAUGCACGCACACAUCCACACAGAGGUUAGAGCUUGUGUGUGCAGGGUUUGCAGGAUUGCAAAUUUUAAGAAGCACCUUUUAUAUUGAGAUAUAGUAUUAUUGCCAUCUUAGUGCAAUAUGAGCUGUUAUAUCUUUUGUUGUUGCUGUUGGGUCUGUUUAGGUUUUGAUAAGGCUAUUGUUUCUGUCCAGUGUACUACAGAGGACCUGUGUUUGGGCAGAAGGGGAGGCUGUUAGUGAUGUGGCCUGUGCAUGAUGCUUAAGGUUUCAAAGAUGUCUUAACUCGUUGCCCUAACAAAAAACAAGGGGGGGAGAGGACCAUGUUUAGAAUGUCAAAAUUGCUGCUAAUGCAUGGCUGUCAUUUGUGAUUGGUCAUUGUUGGCUCCUCCUCCACCUCCUUGAGGAGUCGGGCCUUCUGAUUCUGUUUGUGACGUUCAGUUUGCCCUCAAGCUUGGAAAAGGCACUCUUUCAGUUUUAGCUUGGUGCAAUUUUGUGUAUAUGAAAAACUCUAAUUGUUAGUGUAUGGUCUUUUGAGAACAAUGACUGAUGUUCAGGUGUUUGUUGAACAAGUCUAAUUAAUGCACACUAUCACUCUCCUGCAGCACUCCACACUGCCCCAUUGCUGACGUGAAGCUGUUACCAAAGACAGCAGUGGCGGUUUCUUAAAUGACCAGGCUGCAAAGAGCUGCACUUUGGGGAGCUCAUCCUGAGCAAGCUGUGCAGUAGUGGUAGGAUUCGUGGACACCGCUUAGUACUGCGCAGCCAUUUGCUAGCAUUUUGUGUCCGGCGCACUCGCGCGUCAAGACGACAGUGCUGCGUGAGUGUGUGCAAGAGCUGGCUGUGCACGUCCUACACAACGGCCUGUCCCAUCCCAUCCAUUCCGCACUGGGACAGAAGCGGUCCCCGGACUGUAAAGGUAGUCCUGUUAGAAUCUGCUUCGUUGGGGUCUGCAGCUCACUUAGCAAACGCUAAUAAUAUACAUGUCUAUGUGCGUGUUACAUGUCCAGAUUGUGAGGAGCUACAGGGAACGGUGGGAACGUUGCCAAAACGUUUUAAAGGCGCAGCCGGCUUUACGCGGAGCCCAUGAGGCACAUAGCCACCUGCCAGUCACUCGGCUUGCUUUACCAGAAAACUGUAUGAUUCAUUUCUGGUGUUUUCUACACUGCUGUAAAACAACAGCAGUGGUGAUGAUGUGAAGAGGGGCCGAGUGGCUUGGAAGUGAGCUGUGUGAGGUGAGUUCCUCUGAGGCGCUUGUGUCACCCUUGUAACCCUGUGGUGCAGGACUCCAGUCUUGGCCUUUGUGUUUCUGUUCAUGCGAUCAGUACAUUACUGAACUGUGGUUUUAGUUUUUUUUUUUUCUUUUUUUUGGAGAAAACAUACCUAAAUUUCUAUAGAUAUAUAUAACAAAUAUAUCCAUAUUAAUAAACAUAAAUAUAUACCGAAUCUUAUACUGAAGUUUUUUUCUACAAAUGUGAAUUUUGCACAGUUGUAGUCAUGUAUUAUUGUAUGCCAUUGUGUAUAAGUUUUGCAGCUCUGCUGUCUUUUUUUCUGACAUUUAUAGUAGAAUUGAAAUGGAUAUGUUUUACUGUACACAGCGAUGGGGAGGGAUUGUUACAACUCGAACACUCAUGUAACGCAGCUCAAAGCUCAGUGAACGGAUGGGUCAAGAGUAGCGUGUGAUGUGGUGCUGAUGUUUGUUGCACCAUUUCAGCUGAAUUGCACCAAGAAAAACACAUUUUGACAGCACCAAUAAGUGGUUGUAGUGUGUAAUCUGUAUAAGGGCCUGUUGGCUCACACAUGUGAGAAAUGACUUAUGAGA